AUGGGACUUUACAGAUUCAAGGUUAAAAGUGGUGUGUCGGAGAACUACUUUGAUCAGCUGUUGGUUUUGCUUCAGGACAUGCUACCUGAAGACAAUGUUCUUCCGAAGAGUAUGGAUGCAAUCAAAUUUUUUUUGAAGAUAUUUGGUUUCGGCUACGACAAUAUUCAUGCUUGCAAGAAUGAUUGCAUACUCUAUAGGAAGGAGUUUGAGAAGCUAGAAAGCUGUCCAAGAUGCAAAGUUUCAAGAUGGGAGAAGGAUAAGAACAACAAUGAGUUAAAGGUUGGGAUUCCAGCUAAGGUCCUUAGAUAUUUUCCAAUCAAGGACAGACUUAGGAGGUUGUUUAAAUCAAAAAGGAUGGCUGAAGAUCUGCGUAGGCACUAUACCAAUGCCACUGAAGAUGGUACAAUGCGACACCCCGUUGAUUCUAUCUCUUGGGCACAAGUGAAUGAUAAAUGGCCAGACUUUGCUGCUGAACCAAGGAAUCUUCGACUUGGAACUUCUACAGAUGGGAUGAACCCUUUCUCCAUGUAA